CAUUUACUUCCUGGUUGUAACACACGUGGGUACUGUGAGACUGUCUGCACUCUGAGAGACCCAGGGGAGGAUCCAUCACUGGGGCCACAGCAGAAACAUACUGAAACAUGGGCAAGAAGGGGAAGAAGGACAAGAAGGUGAAGGGGGCUGAGAAGACGGCGGCCAAGAUGGAAAAGAAAGUCUCCAAGAGAUCCAAGAGAGAGGAGGAAGAUUUAGAAGCCUUAAUAGCCGAAUUCCAAUCUCUAGAUGCAAAGAAAACACAAGUUCAAGAGACGACAUGUCCUGCACCUACCCCAAGGUUGAACGCAUCUUUAACACCACAUCCCGAAAAAGACGAGCUGAUUCUCUUUGGAGGUGAAUAUUUCAAUGGCCAAAAAACGUUUCUGUAUAAUGAGCUGUAUAUUUAUAACAUCAAGAAGAGCACGUGGUCCAAGCUUGAUAUCCCAAAUCCCCCGCCACGACGCUGCGCUCAUCAGGCAGUAGCUGUUCCCCAAGGUGGAGGACAACUCUGGGUGUUCGGAGGAGAGUUUGCAUCUCCAGAUGGGGAGCAAUUCUACCAUUACAAGGACCUGUGGGUGCUGCACCUGGCUACCAAAACCUGGGAGCUUGUCAAAUCUCCUGGUGGGCCGUCGGGAAGAAGUGGGCACCGAAUGGUGCUAUGCAAGAGACAGCUGAUGGUUUUCGGAGGAUUUCAUGAGAGCGCAAGGGAUUACAUUUACUAUAACGAUGUGUACGCCUUUAAUCUGGACUCCUUCACGUGGUCUAAAUUAUCUCCUUCUGGAACGGGCCCUCUACCUCGUUCUGGUUGCCAGAUGGUUCCUACCAUUGAGGGAUCUGUGGCGAUCUAUGGAGGAUAUUCGAAGCAGAGAAUCAAAAAGGACGUCGACAAGGGGACAGUACACACGGACAUGUUCUUACUGAAACAAGAGAAAGCAGACAAAUGGAUGUGGACCCGGCUUAGUCCCUCAGGGGUAAAACCCACCCCCCGCACUGGAUUCUCAAUGGCCUUGGGGCCCAAUAACCGAAGUGUUCUGUUCGGAGGAGUCUAUGAUGAGGAAGAAGAGGAAAGUAUAGAAGGAGACUUCUUCAAUGACAUCUACUUCUAUGAUCUGGGGAAGAACCGAUGGUUUACCGGGCAAUUAAAGGGAUCUAAGACACAAAAGAAGAAACGUCGGCGCGGAGAUAAGAAUGCAGACGUUGGCGCAUCAGAGUGUAGCAAGGAGGAGGAUUCUAAUACUGCAAAACCUGUAGAAAUUAUCAAGGAAAUUGUGGCUGAUGACGGUACAGUGAUGACAAUAAAACAAUUGAUUCCCGCUUCAGUGGAGUCAGAGAGCGAGGAAGAAGAUAGUGAAGAAGAUGAGGAGGAUGAAGGCGCUGCAGGGCCAUUAGUGGAACCCUGUCCACGGUCUAACACGAUGAUGGCUAUUAAGCAAGGAAUUCUUUUCAUAUAUGGAGGGAUGUUUGAAGUUGGCGAUCGCCAGUUCACGUUGAACGACCUCUAUAGUCUUGAUCUGCACAAGAUGAAGGAAUGGAAAGUCCUGGUCGAAAUGGAUCCCAAAACUCAAGAGUGGCUCGAUGAGUCUGACUCGGAGGAUGAUGCAGAAGGAGCAGAGGGAGGAGCUGACGAGGAUGAAGAGGACGAUGAAAGCGAGGAAGACACAGAUGAAGAAGACGACCAAAAUAAAAAUAUUCAGACUUCUUAAUGCGGACUGAGGAAUAUUCGGCUAAACUUGCCAAAGCCAACCUGGGCUUGGAACACAAGGAAAAGAAGGUUCUCAAAGUGUCACAUCCCAUGGCAAAAACAUUUUGAGUUUAAGGACCAGGUUGUGUGGCCUAUGCGUUUAGAGGAAAGUGGCUGCAAAAUCUUUUAUUUAUAUUUUCAAGGGCAGUCUACAAUAUAGAAAUAAUGAUGGCAACAGUCAAGAAGGCUUGUUGAUCUCCCUGAUAACGGCAAUGCAUGAAAUAUUAUUAAAUGGUUGCCAGGAGGACUGACAUCAGGUAAAAACCUUCUGAGAUGACACUGAGCAGUAGUUGAAUUUCUGAGACUUUACAGAUGCCAUACCCCCAAGCUUUAAUCGUUUGCCCUGGUUCUGUGCACUGAGUGACCAUUGCCUGGGCCCACAAUUAAACUGUGCGAUGUCUUUGCCUUGUUCAUGACGCUGCCCACAAGAUGACACAAUUCAGUUUUGUGGUCCACCAUUUGCAUUCAUCAGAUGCACCUGGUCACUAGGUAUAAAAACCCAGAAGUGCUGGUUACAGGUUUUCUGAAGCAGUCUUAAAUCACCAGCUGCGUUCUGCGUGGGUCUGGUUUCCUACAAGAUGUGCUUGUCACUACAAGUGACUGAACAUGCUGUGUAUAGACAGCAAGCCAGCGUGUCUGAUGCAACAUGAUUCAUAAACAUCUCUCUCUGAUCCCGAUGGAAAAGGCUCUCAGUUCCUGUUGCAUGAGGGGAAAAAUAAAAAACUUGCAUGUCCAUGUUUAACCCUUUAUAGUUCUUUUACGUUAAUAUUUUUUCGAAUAAUUAUGAUUAUCUUCCCUGGAGAAGGGAGUGUGUAACCCAAUGCAGCAUUAUCCCUUUGCACAGCACAGAUAAUUCUUAUUAAACGAACAUUAUAGGGUCAGAAACACAAACAUGUAUUCCUGACCUUCUAGUGUUGAAAUCACUAUCUGGUCCUCUAAAUAUAAAUCUUACCUUAUUUCCAGUGGUGGUGCGCUGGUGUUUGGAUUCACCUCUCCCCUCUCCCCCCUCAUCCGCCUUCUUGGCUGACCUCAGCAGUGAUAAUCUCAGCCAAUUACAAUGCUUUCCCAUCUGUAGACAUUGGAUUGGCUGAGAUUGUCAAUUCUGAUGAUAUCCGCCAAGGAGGCGGUCUGGGGGCGGAGCCAAAUGCAUCCCUGGCCAAUCAAUAUCUUAUAGAGAUGCAAUGAAUCAAUGCACCUCUAGGGGAAAGUUCAGUGCCUCAAUGCAGAGGGUGGAGAGGCUGAACAUCAGUGCUGUAUACUGUCUGAAGAGUGGCCACUGGAGGUAUCCCUAGGCUGUAAUGUAAACACUGCCUUUUAUCUGAUAAGGCAGUGUAUACAGCAAAAAGCCUGCAGGGACAGUCUAUACUCACCAGAACAAAUACAUUAAGCUGUAGUUGUUCUGGUGAUUAUAGUGUCCCUUUAACCCCUUAAAGACACAUGACAUGUCGUGAUUCCCUUUUAUUCCAGAAGUUUGGUCCUUAAGGGGUUAAUGAUUACCUGGUUUCUAAUGUCAGAUACACCUUGCAAAUAAAAUCAAUGCUCUGUAUUUAAUCCAGAAUGUUUGUAUGACACCUAAAAAUUAUAAAGAUUGAUAUUUACAACAAUAUAA